AUGAAGUCCGGACUCUUUGCCCUUGUCAUCGCCGCUGUGGCUCCUCUUGCCAUGGCUGCUCCUUUCCCUCCUAACGGCCCUCCUGGAGGUUUCUUCCCUUCCCCUCCUACAAACGGUAGUCUUCCCGGUGCUGAUGUUCCUGGUGCCCCCGGUGCCCCCGGUGCCCCCGGUGCUGGUGCCCCUGGCGCUCCCGGAGGUCCUGGUGGUUGGAUGCCUCCUAUGCCUCCUAUGCCUCCUAGCCCCCCUGUUGGUGGCCAGCCCGGUGGUCAGCCUGGUAGUGGAUCGCCUGCUCCCCCCCCUGUGGUCCCUACUCCCGUCCCUGGAGCUCCCGUCGUCACUCCUCCUGCUGCUCCAACUCCUCCCGUUGCCCCUGGAGCUCCCAUCGUCACUCCUCCUGUUGCUCCUGCUCCUCCCGUUGCCCCUGAGCAGCCCGUCGUGGUCCCUACCCCCAGCCCCGUUGCUCGCAUCUAG